AUGGCUUAUGAUGAAGCAUGUGGUGAAAGGCCAAGACUACUUGUGGUGGCAAACCGGCUUCCGGUUUCUGCAAAGAGGACCGGAGAAAAUUCUUGGUCUCUGGAAAUGAGUCCUGGUGGUUUAGUCAGUGGUCUUCUAGGUGUGGCAGCUCAAUUUGAUACCAAAUGGGUUGGAUGGCCUGGAGUUGAUGUUUAUGAUGAAGUUGAGAAAAGAGCACUCUCUAAAGCUCUAGCUGAGAUGAAGUGCAUCCCUGUGUUCCUUAAUGAGGUUUUUGAUCAAUACUACAAUGGUUAUUGCAAUGGUAUUUUGUGGCCAAUUCUUCAUCACAUGGGACUUCCACAAGAAGAUGAUAAUGACACAAACAAAACUUUCCAAACACAAUAUGAUGCAUACAAGAGAGCAAAUCGAAUGUUUCUUGAUGUCAUAAUAGAUAACUAUGAAGAAGGAGAUAUUGUUUGGUGCCAUGAUUAUCAUCUCAUGUUUCUUCCUCAAUAUCUUAAAGAAUAUAACAAUAAGAUCAAAGUUGGAUGGUUUCUCCAUUCACCAUUUCCUUCCUCCGAGGUCUACAAAACAUUGCCCUCGCGAUCAGAGCUUCUUCGUUCGGUUCUUACAUCUGAUUUACUUGGUUUCCACACGUAUGAUUUCGCAAGACAUUUUGUGAGUACAUGCACGCGAAUUCUUGGAGUUGAAGGAACACAGGAAGGAGUUGUGGAUCAUGGCAGAGUCACUCGAGUAGCUGUUUUCCCUCUUGGAAUAGAUCCUGAUCGGUUUAUAAGAACAUGUAAGCUCCCUGAAGUCAGACAGCAAAUGAAUGAGCUUAAAGAGAGAUUUGCUGGCAAAAAGGUGAUAUUAGGUGUUGAUCGUCUUGAUAUGAUCAAAGGGAUUCCACAGAAGUUUCUUGGAUUUGAGAAAUUUUUAGAAGAAAAUCCGAAUUGGCGCGAUAAAGUUGUGCUAGUGCAAAUUGCUGUGCCAACAAGGAAUGGUGUCCCCGAAUAUCGAAAGCUCAAAAACCAAGCUCAUGGACUCGUUGGACGCAUUAACGGUCGCUUUGGUUCUGUCACUUCCCUUCCAAUUCAUCACCUGGAUUGUUCUGUUGACUUUAAUUACUUAUGUGCACUUUACGCGAUUGCAGAUGUCAUGCUUGUAACAUCUUUGAGAGAUGGCAUGAAUCUUGUUAGUUAUGAAUUUAUUGCUUGCCAAGAGGCCAAAAAAGGAGUUCUUGUUCUCAGCGAGUUUGCAGGUGCUGGACAGUCUCUCGGUGCCGGUGCUCUUCUUGUGAAUCCUUGGGAUGUUACAGAAGUUUCUUCUGCCAUUAAAGAAGCUCUAAAUAUGUCAGUUGAAGAAAGGGAAACAAGACAUAGAGUAAAUUUUCAGUACGUGAAAACUUAUUCUGCUAAAAAAUGGGGAGAUGAUUUCAUGAGGGAACUCAAUGAGACUGUCACUGAAUCCGAGAUGCAAAUUGGGAAAACCCCACAUCAGCUUCCACAACAAGAUGUGAUACAACGUUAUUCGAAGUCUAACAAUAGACUGAUAAUCUUGGGUUUCUGUGGAACACUCACUGAGCCAAUGAAUAAAGAAACGAAGGAAACGGAUCUUAAACUAAACCCGGAGCUAAAAGGAACACUGAAAGCAUUGUGCAAUGAUCCAAAAACAACAGUAGUUGUAUUGAGUAGAAGCGGCAGAGACAUAUUAGAUAAAAACUUUGGAGAGUAUAAAAUAUGGUUGGCUGCGGAAAAUGGAAUGUUCUUAAGGCAUACCACUGGAGAAUGGGUUACAAAUGUCCCUGAAAACAUGAACCUCGAUUGGGUCGAUGGUGCAAAGAAUGUUUUCAAGUACUUCACUGAUCGAACCCCAAGAUCGUUCUUAGAGGCAAGCGAGACUUCGCUUGUAUGGAAUUACGAAUAUGCAGAUGCUGAAUUUGGGAGAGCACAAGCAAGAGAUAUGUUGCAAUACUUAUGGUCAGGACCAAUCUCGAAUGCAUCAGUUGAUGUUGUUCGGGGAAAUAAUUCUGUUGAAGUCCAUGCCAUGGGUUUGACUAAGGACGAAGACAUUUACACAUUCUUCGAAUCAGAAACCUUGCCGUCCAAGUUACCUCUUGAAACUAGGUCGAAGUCUUCUGCAAAUAAUCACUCCCUAAAGCAGAAGAGGAAGGUUUUAUUGAACGUUUUUGACCUCAAGGAAGAUAAUUACUUCUCUGCAUCUAUUGGACAAGCUCGCACAGAUGCUCGCUAUGUCAUUGACUCAUCUCACGAUGUUGUGGAUUUUCUCCACAUGCUCACAGUUGGAGUUGCAAUGACAAGAACGACUGGCUCAUUUUCUGAUAGCGAUGCAAACGCAAAUUUGCAACACUCCAAUGGCGGGAAGACCAAGGAGCCAAACUGUGUAGUAUGUUAA